AUGGGAGUGGAUCCAGCUAUCUCUGAUUUUGGUGUUUGGAAGGACUGUGAGGGUUAUAGAAAUAACAGCAACAGAAUGAAGCUGUGCCAAGGAGUUCUCCCUGCAGAGAGAAGCCGGUGGAUAAAGAGGACAGAUGAAUUAAGGGCAGAAUACACAAAGAUCAAGGAAACACAUAUAACAAAUCCACGGAAAGCUGCUGGCCAGCAAGACCUAAUCGUCAACAAUCCACUUUCACAGGAUGAGGGAUCUCUCUGGAACAAAUUCUUUCAAGAUAAGGAACUUCGAGCCAUGAUAGAACAAGAUGUGAUGAGAACGUUUCCUGAGAUGCAGUAUUUUCAGCAGGAGAGUGUAAGGAACAUUCUUACAGACAUCCUGUUUUGUUACGCUAGAGAGAAUGAACAGUUGCUGUAUAAGCAGGGUAUGCAUGAGCUUCUUGCUCCUAUUGUGUUUGUCUUAUAUUGUGACCAUCAGGCCUUCUUACAUGCCAGUGAAACAGCACAUCCCAGUGAAGAAAUGAAAAUCCUUUUAAACCCAGAUUAUCUUGAACAUGAUGCUUAUGCAGUGUUUUCACGCCUUAUGGAAACUGCAGAACCAUGGUUUUCAAGUUUUGAGCGUGAAGUUAGAAAGGAGAAAGAGCCCACUGUUACUACUACUCCAUUUGCUAGGCCACAAGACACAGGUAGUUCUAUUGCCAUAGUAGCCAAAGUGAAUCAUAUUCAGGACCACUUACUGAAGAAGCAAGAUAUUGAGCUAUACCUGCAUCUCAACAGGCUGGAAAUCGCUCCCCAGAUCUAUGGAAUACGAUGGGUCAGACUGCUUUUUGGCCGAGAAUUUCCUCUUCAGGAUCUUCUUGUCAUUUGGGAUGCCUUAUUUGCAGACAGUGUCACCUUGGAUUUAGUCGAUUACAUCUUUGUAGCUAUGCUGCUAUACAUAAGAGAUGUCUUGAUUGCAAGCAACUAUCAAACUUGUCUUGGUUUACUUAUGCACUUUCCACCAGUAGAAGAUGUUCAUUCCCUCAUCCACAGAGCCCUUUUUGUCCGAGAUCCCAAGAACAAUCCAAGACCUGUGAAUUACCAGUUCCAGCAGAAUUUGGACUACUACAAGGCGCGUGGUGCAGACAUUGUAAACAGAACCCGUGCCAGUACCAAAGUCCCACCUAUAAAUGUUAACAAGGUGUCGAGUAGCCUGCUGACUUUGGGUCGGAAGCUUAUUGCAGGAGGUGGCAGCAGCCCUCCAGUUGUGACCAGUGCCAAUAGCUUCAUGAGCAGUACUCCUCCUUUGGUGAAUGUAAGACCUACAGUAGAUACCUACCCACAACUAGACCAAAAUCUGCAUCAGGACCAGCAACAACGCAUGUUCAAAUCUGAAAGUAUGCCAGUGCAGCUUGGCCAAGGGGAUAUAAUUUCAGGCAUCGAAGCUCAGGUCUCUACUACUGCUGUUGUCCAGACUGUAACUGACCUCCAAGGCUUUGGGUCAAAAUUUGUAAGUUCAUCAACGAGUGUCGAGGGUUUUUCUGGAGGACGGGAAUAUUCAGCAUCCCCACCUUCAUCUUCUAGCAAAAAAGACUUGUUCUUCAACACUAUAUCCCGCUCCCGGUCAUAUAGCAAAACUAUGGGAAAGAAAGGAACUGAAGAGGAUAUGGAGGCUCAAAUAUCUCUUCUGCAAGGGCAGAUCAAUGACCUAGAAGCUAUGUGCAAGUACUGUGCAAAGAUGAUGAACAUACAUAUAGGAAGAAUUCAGGAUGUUAUUUUAAAAGAAAAUCUGGAAAAGGAAGAUGAAAUUUUGGUGUCUUUGGCUGAAUUGAAGCAGAUUAAAGACAUUUUAAAAGGAUCCUUGCGCUUCAAUCAAAGCCAAUUGGAAUCUGAAGAAAAUGAAGAAAUCACAAUAGCUGAUGAUCAUUACUGUUCCAGUGCACAAGGGCAUGAAGAACACACAGAAAUGGAUCAAGAGACAAAAACUCCUUUGACAUCACAACAGGCUACUUUACAUGCAUCCUUGAAUUCUGACAGCAGACACUCUGAUGACUACAUCCUAGUUUCCAAAGAAGAUGAUGAGGUUGACCAGUUAGUCAAAGCAGGAAGUGUCACCGGUGCCUUAGAGCAGUUACAGGCAUCUCGAAUGGACACUGUAGCUCCCAGUCAGGGAGUACGCCGUCAUCUCUCUCCAGUUUUCACUGAUCCACUGAUGACUGGGAUUUUAGCAUCUUCAAGCAAUUCAGGUUCUAGUCCAGAUGAUGACAGCAGCAAUAGCAAGGACUCUGAUUUCAGUAUAGUGAACCCUUUAGAUAUCUAAAAACCCAACUGGAAACCAGAACAUUUGCACAGACUUACAUCUCUAACUGAUUAUUCCGCUACCCAUCAUUAAACUGAUAGUAUAUAAAACCAAGUAAGUACAGAUACUGCCAAAUAUGUAGUGUGACAGUAAAGUGCAGAGAAUCACACAGUUUAUACUUCUGUAAUGUUCAUACAAUUUUUAACUCUGUUGUAAAGAGAUAAGUGGCCAAGUAAACAUUUGUUACUACUAAUAUUUACAUUACAUGUUGACCAGUAUAGACUGAGUUAAUCUAGCUUCUGCCACAAGCUUCAUGUUUUUUUUUUUUUUUUAACUAAAAUCUGGUUUUAUAAAUCUGAGCCAAAAGGUUCACAAUGAAUCCUAGAGCUUCAUUGGAUGCUUAGCUGCACUUUAAGUGCCUAUGUGUUAGGGUGUGGUUCUCAUUUAAUGUCCUCAUGCAGUUAGACAUGCAUUUUUAGAGGGCAUUCUGAGUGUACAUACAUGAAUGCCACUUAGAAUUCUAAAACUGAUUAAACCGAAUGAUAGCUCGCUCUUUGAUGGUUGAUGGUGUCACCUUCCACAUAGCUCCUACAAUAUGGUACCUUGAAAACCUGAGCACAUGACCGCACAAACACUGGGUAUUCCUUUUGUCCUUAAGCCAGUUACUGCAUAUUUCUUUGUUAAUUUAUGGGAACAUUGCAAUGCAGUGUUUGCAAACAUUGGCAGUAAUUCUGUGAUCUAGCACAGCAGAAAACAAAUCCUUGUGAGCAGGGUGACAUGCUUCCUGUAGUCACUCCCCGUAAAUCUAUACUCCUGGUGUUUAUUUAAGACUGAUAGUAAAAAGAAUUUAUAUCUUUAACAUGAUGGCUCACAGCUGUUGUUUACAUCUUUUGUGAUCUGUUCUCCUGUAGGAAUUUUGCAACGUGUUGUUAAGCUGUGUUUAGAUUAUUGUGAGCACAUUAAAGUUACUUUUCAGACACAUCUGGGUAUAUUUUAGUAUGCAGGGGGCCUCUCUUAACCCUAGCUUCUAAUUGGUUGAGGUUUAACAUAAGUUGUUGCAGUAAAAACAUAUCUGUUGAAUUGAGUAUAAUGAGUUAUUCUUAUCUGUUUAAUUCAGUAUGAUGGGUUAUUUUUACUUGUUUAAGAAAUGUAUACUUUUGACAUGCACAUUCAUGGUGCCAAUAGACAAGGAAAGCUGAUCAUUGACGUGCCUCAACAUCUUGUGACACAUUGCAUCAGGGAGAAGUUAAUUUACUAUUGUCUUGAAAUGGCAAAGGACCACCAUAUUAUUUGCAGUUCUUUGUGAGCCGCUCAGUUUCUAAAAGUACUGGUGCAGACAGACCUUGUAGACUAAACAAUCUGGUUUUGAUGUCUUCCAGUAAAAUUUGUGAAACAAAGAACUCGAGUCCAGGUCCAGUGUUUUUGUGUUGUGUGAUCUAACUUUUAAUUGAAGUAUUUGUGUCCAUUCUUUUGUAGCAGGAGGCACUUUUCAUGUAGGCAAACCUGCCUUUGCUUACAGGUGUCACUGCUGCUGCUGAACCUGACUGUAUUUUCACUGGAAUGCAUGUGAGAUCAUUCUGAAUAUCCCUAAUUAGGACAUGGUAGUAUGUCUGCAUUGUUUAUCUUUACUCAUAUUCAUAGGUUGGUACUAGGCUAUCGGCUCUACGACCUAUACAAGCCUAGCCAUAACAAUUCCCUGGUUAUUUCUUCCCACAGUAUUUACUUCCCUGGACC